UGAGUGGUAAAGACAUUAAGAAAAAUAAAGGGAGGUGAACAGGAAAAUCUUCGAUCUUUACACCCUCCUCCUUCCAAAAUGUGCAAAAUACAGUCCCUGAGAAUGCUGCUUGUGCGCACAAUCUACGAAGGUAAUAUCAACUAAAUUGGUUAUAUUAAGUACUCACUAGGGAAAAAUGAUAAUUAUAUUUACGCUAUAAAUGCACUUAGAAACCACACAAAAUUGUUGAAAGGUUGUUUCCUCCAAAUAGAAUACUCUCUAUGUACAAAGCCUAUAGAUAUCGUUACUGCGAACAAAUACUAAAUAUAUUAUCAGAACACAAUCAAAGUCUUCCACCUAUGAAGUAAUAAAAUAUAAAACUUACCUAAAUGUAAAACUAAUAAUGACAAAGCGAAAUGCUGCACCACUAAAAUGAUGUUUGGUUUGGCACCCCAUCCACCCCAAGAAACCUCUCCCCGUGACUCGGGAUAUACAUAAAGACACUUGGAAUCCGUGGUUGUGUAAAUAGGGCACAAAGUUAAAAACGAAAUACACUGCGAUAAAACUAUAGUUAUAAUUGUUGGUACAAACUUGCUACCAUAACACCAAAGAACGAACAAUGCAAUCUGUGAAAGAAAAGAGAUAUAGUGCAUCUAAAACUAAAGCUAAGUAAAAAUUGUAAGCACUCACCUGUCCAUUUAUGGUGCAUUGAUUCUUGCCUGUAGCACGUUGCAUUAUGGUAGGAUCUUUUGGUGUGGCGAUCAUGGAUAUUGAUAACAUUGGAAUGAUUAAACAACUCAACCAUAACACUUGAUCAACAGAGAAUAAUGGUGGUAGCAAUAGGAAACUAGACAACGCUUGAGUGAAGGAGAGAGUAACUGUACAACAGAGCCAGAAUUGCACACAAUUCCAAAGGCACUUCAUGUAAUGACGAGCCUAAAAAUAUGACAAAUUAUAUGCUACUUUGUAGAUUUUCUCAGUAAAAUUAACAUUGUAAUAUCCAUUAUUUUUACUGGAGUAUUUCCAUGUUCAAUACAUCAAACUACUAUUAAAAAUAGACAAAGUUUGAAGACUUAGCACAAAGUAUUUAAUGCACAAUAUUCUACCUCCAUAAUCAAAUGGAAUAUCGCGAUUGGAUCUUCACGUUUGACGCUUAACGAACAAGCAAUCGAAUUUAAUGCUCUGCUUAUGUCAACAGGAGAUGGGCCUUGCUCUUCUCUCGUCGGGGUUAAUACAGGAACCCUCUGACAAACUUGUGGGUAUAAUGGUUCUACUGCCACUCUAAAAUCAGUUUAUUUAUUAAUAUUAUUCUAUCACUGAACAUAGCGCCGAACAAUUGAAUAACAUCAAGCACAUGCUGUUUGUUAAUUUCUUUCAGUUAACCAAAUUUUUUAUAAUUUCUCUUCCUACAAAGUUAAAUAAUUAUAAAGAUGGUUUAUGUUACUGAGAUUUCCCAAUGUAAACCAAGAAAUUUGGAGAGCCCGCCACGUCUAAUAUUUCAUGAUAAUACUUUGUUGUACCUACAACCGGCUAAGAGACGUCCUAUAACAUAUAGAUCUUCUAAAAAACCAACUAUUAAAAUUGAGUCAGAUACAACAUAUGGAAAGUCUUAUGUGAAAUUCGAUUGUGUUCCCAGACAACGAUUUAAUUAUGGGUAUCGUAACAAAGUAUUGUCUAAAAUCACCGAGAAAAUGGAUUUUGAUACUGUAUAUAAACUAUCCUAUCAAGUUUCACAAGGAAAAGUACCGGAGCCUUUCCUCCCAAGAUCACGUUUAUCCAUAGAAGGAUUGCAAGACAUGACAACUACUCAUAUGACAUCUUAUAUGGAUCCUGGAUAUGCAAAAGUGAAACUCUAUAAACCAUACCAAGGAAAAUGUGUUCAUCCUGUUCCAAUGGAAUAUGAAACAAUAACUAAAGAAUCUUAUCAAAAGUUUACUAAGCCUAUUACCAUUAAAAGACCAAAAAAGACAAUAUUUUGGCAAACAAAAUCAAAAACGGAUUACCAGACAACGAAUCAGUUAUCUUAUCAAUAUACAGGGUCUAUUCCUAAAAGGAUUCACGUGAUGCCUACACGGCCGAGUAUUACUGCUCAAAUAGAAAAGGACACUACUUUUAAGACUAGUUAUAUGAUUCCAGGUCGUCUCGUAACCAAGGAAAACGUGUAAUUUGUGAAUAAUAUUGUAUUUUGUAUGUAAUAUAUUUUAUAUUUUAAUUUCA